CAGGUACGAGGGAGUAGUUAGGCGACUUGCCCACUUGAGUGGACGCAGCGCAAGAACUAUGCAUUUCACGAGACAAGUUGACCCUUAGUAAGGGUAUAAUUGUUACUGCUACAAUUUUUUUUAACAUUUCUUUGUACAUUUUAUAUCACCAAUUCAAACGUCAAAAUGAUGCACUUCCUGCUGCUCUUCAGUCGCCAGGGGAGGCUGCGUCUGCAGAAGUGGUUCACACCCACCCCGGAGCGGGAGAAGAAGAAGAUCAUCAGGGACAUGACUGCCAUGGUGUUGGCACGGAAACCCAAAACAUGCAACUUCCUGCACUGGAUGGACCUGAAGGUUGUUUACAAGAGGUAUGCCAGCUUGUUCUUCUGUCUGGCCAUAGACGACCAAGAGAACGAGCUGCUGGCUCUGGAGAUACUGCAUCGCUAUGUGGAACUACUGGACAAAUACUUUGGCAAUGUGUGUGAGUUGGACAUCAUCUUUAACUUUGAGAAGGCCUACUUCAUCCUGGAUGAGUUCCUGAUUGGAGGGGAGGUACAGGAGACCUCCAAGCAGACGGUGGCUCGUUGUAUUGAGGCUUCGGACAUGCUUCAGGAGGAUGACAACAGUGAUUGGUAUGAUGUGGAGCUCUUUGGAUGACCUUGAAUAUGGACAGCAAGACCAUGGAGGAGUACAUGAGCAAGCCCGCCUUCUGACAUGUGGAGAGAGGGAAGACACUGGCAAAGGAUCAUGGGUAGUGAAGUCCUGUAGAGGAAGAGACUGAAGCCGAGUAAAAGGAGACCAUUAGUUACUUGUUUCACUCAUGCAUUGUUGUUACGAAAAAAAAAAAAAAUAUUGUAAGUGAAUCCUGGUUUGUCUGUGUAUUUUCAUCCUCCAGUCUGAGGUAUGAAUUACUGGAAGUGUGUUUUUUUUUUUCUGUGUUAACAUUAAUUUGAGGCGAUGCUUGUAAUCAGGGAACUGUACGAUUGUAACAUAAACUUGCUUUUUAGAAUGAACUAGGCCUACUGUUGGUUUGAAAUAGGCUACUUAAUGCUGUAUUUACUAUAUUCCCAUAAAAACAGAUUCAUUUCUCUAACACUAUCAAUCAUCAAAUCAAUAAUAACAUGUGUCAGAACCUGAUUAUUAGGAUGAUAUUUGCAUUCAAACUGCUUUUGAAAUGUUCUAAUUUUAUGUUUUUCUUUCUGGUUUGUAUUUAAUGAUGUGCCUUACCUUAAAUUACUUGCUAUCCGAAAA